AUGCGUGUGGGUCCAAUUCCUGUCUAUAAAAUCUUCCAGCAUGCAACAACUUUUCAUCAUCACUGUCAUCACUUCUUUUUCAUUCUCUCUUUCUUUGUUUUUCGACCUGUAAUUUUGUUUUCUCAUAGUUAAAUAUUUCCACCUUUGUGCAAAGUAGGUUUUCCUCUUCUCCAUCAAUGUCCUCUUCUCAGAAUAAUUGUGUUCUCUCCCAAGAUAUCCUGAUGGAAAUCUUGUCACGGCUUCCGAUAAAGGAUAUUGGGCGAUUAAAGUGCGUUUCAAAAGGGUUGAACCGUCUUGUCUCUGAUUCUACAUUUGUGAAACUUCACCUUCAAAGGUCCUCAAAAAAUACUCACAUGCUAUUGACCUUUGAAGAUUACCAUAUUAACAGAACAAGGAAUUAUGCCGUAGUUUGUCCUGUACAAGAGUUACUUGACCACCCAUCGUCCACCCUUAAAACUCUACAUCACAAACAUCUCCCAUUCAACCGUAAGUACAAUGUUCUGGGUGCCUGCAACGGAUUGGUAUGCUUACAAGAUUCUUGUAUUGACGAUGAAUUUGAAGAAUACUGGUUUCGGAUUGGGAAUCCAACAACAAGAGUCAUGACUAAAGACUCCCCACAUAUUCGUCUUAAUCGCAGGGAUUACUGGUUGAUGUUUGGGUUUGGUUAUGAUGAAUGGAGUGACUCUUACCAAGUUGUGCUAUUGGAUAAUAAUAGGAAUCAAUCACAGAAACUGGAGGUAAGCGUUUGUUGUUUAGGAGAUACUUGUUGGAGAAAUACUUUAACUUGUGAUGCUGUUACCCCUAUGAUUGGGCUUCAAAGUCGUGGAACUUGUGGUGCUUUUGUGAGUGGUACUUUAAACUGGUUAGUGUAUCCCAGAUCCCAUUGUGAUGAUAAACGAGGACCUAAAAUGAACGAGUUAGAAAUAUUUUGUUACGAUCUAAGAAAGGAGACUCGCAGUUUUUUCUCUAUGCCUGAUGGCAUUUUAGAAGUCCGUGCGUUUGAGCCCGUGCUUAAGGUUUUGAAUGGUUGUUUGUGUCUUUCUCAUCAUCAUGAGGAUAAUUUUGUUGUGUGGCUAAAGAGGGAAUUCAGUGAUGAAAAAUCCUGGUCAAAGUUGUUGAAUAUAAAUUACCAGGAUGAUAUUGACCAGUGUCCAUCCUACAUGAACGUAAUUUGUAUGCGUGAAAAGGAUGGUGCUGUGCUUGUUGCAAACACAGUUUUUGAUGCAAACUUUAUUUGGUACAACAGUAGAGAUGAUAGAAGAGAGGGUCGUGAAUAUUACGGCCAGGACAUAUGGAGUCUUUUCUCUUAUGAUUAUGUUCAGAGUUUGGUUUUUCCAUGUAGGAAGUAAGUUACCUAGUCUAUCUUGAAACGUAUUUAGAAUUGUAAUGUAAUGUAUUUCUGAGUUAUGCAAUUCAUAUUGUA